UUGGUUGUGUGUGGAAGGCCAGGAGUGCUGGUUGGAUUACCGACAGGGCGCUGUGCGAUUUGGCUUCACAAAACACAUGAAAUUCUGAAUCCUUACUCUGAAUAUAAUUGCCAGCUGCUUUCUUAGCUACCUUUUGUGCCAGGCAAGUCCCAAAUAAUAAGAGCAAAUCCAAAAAGAGGCACAGCAAGAUCUGCUGUGUCUCCUUACUGACUACUGUACAUUUUGCAUCAGUGGUGUUUGAAAUACCACUUCUUAGUGUCUUAGUUAUCAAGUGAUAACAGCUCAAUCAUCACAAGGACAAGUUUUCUUAUUUGAAAUAGUAACCACUCUCAUCCCACUGUAGCCCAUAUUGUGAGAUAUAAACAAAUCUCUUAGUUUAUUGUUGGCUUUGUUCCGUAGGAAGUUUGUUGGAUGCAUUUAUGGAAUUGAAUGUAACCUAGUGUGUUCCAUAAAACAGAAUAUGGGUUUUUUUCCCGUUAUCCUGUAUUCACCUUUUAUCCACUGUGUAUGUAUGUAGAUGCAGAUUAGUAUGUCUGAUUGAGCUUUGCUUCUCUGUGUGAUUCAACAUAAAACAUGCAAAUGUACAUGGUAGCUUGUCAACCAGAUCACAAGAGCUUGUCUAAUCACGUCCUUGUCAACACUACUGCAUAGAUUCUCCAUUCAAAAAGUUUUCUUCAUGGGCUUCAUAGAAAUUUUGUUGCAGAGUUGGAUGUUUCAUCCUAAUUUUUCUCCAGAGCAAAGUGUAUGCAUGGGAUGGCUUCAUUGCUUUCCGUACAGUCUCUUUAUUCUUGAAGCUCAAAAGGAACCCUUGUAAGAAUGGCUUAGAAUGCUUUAUAUUAUCAGCAAACACCAAGUGAUAGACCUGCAGUAAUAGACAUGUAGGAUGGAUGAGGUUGGUAAAGACCACUAAAGCCAUCUAGUCCAGCACUUCAGCCCAUCCCCACCAUGCCCACCGUGUCCAUCCGUGCCAUGUCUCCUUGUUGCUUGGAAGCUUCCAGGAACAGUGACUGCAGACACAUUUGGCAAUGGACACGGGCUGUGCCCACACCCGGCGCAUGCAGUCAGCGUACAUGGAAGCAUACGGAGACUUGGUGCCGCUGGGUACCAGAGCACAGACGACUCUCGUUGGCUGCAUCUGCUGUCCAUCACACCGUCGGGCGUGCGGGGCUGCGCAGCACCCCCCCCCCCACCAGCCCAGAGGAGCAGAUGUGCUCGGAGUGGAGCCACCAGCUCUUCUCCAUGGAAAGAAACGCUGCACUUAGGUUGUUCCUUCUGUUCUCAUGUCUGGGCUUCUCAGCAUCUGUGGAACGAAUGCUUGCCACAGUGGCUGGCAGUUCACAUGUAGUUUCAGAUCAAGAUUCUCUGCAAAGAACUGGUCGACGCUAUGAUGGUGGUGUGAAGCCAAAAUUCAAUGUAAAUCAAGUGGCAGUUGCACAGGUUGUCAGCUACAACUUGAGCAGAAAGGAACACCUGGAAAGAGCAUCCUGGAGGCCAUUCACGCACAACCACAAUAGCCCUCUCAAUGUCACAAUUAAUGGCAUCCCUUGCAUUCUCUUCUGGGCCAAGAGGAUCAUGAUUAAGUUUGAAAACCACACACAGCUGGAUUUGACAGAGAAGACUUUUGGUGUCCAUGCGACAGUGGAUGUUGGAGAUUCAAACUGCAGUGAAGACAAUGCAAUGCUUUCUCUGAAGUUUGGUGACAUUGGAAAUCUAAAGGGACUUGUUAUUAGAUUCUUAUUAACAACCAGCUAUUACCAGCUGUCUGUUCAGAACUGGUUCAGCUUACAGAGACUGCAGCUUCUUUACAACCACUCUGUACAAGCAACGUUUAAUGCAACAAGAAUAUAUGCACCAGCAAGUUACUCCUUCCACUGUGAACAUGUGAGCAGCUUGCAGAGAUAUGAUGCGCUCCUGAUACCGAGCUCAGCAAACGAUGUUUCAAAGCUCUGGGAAGUUACUUUCAUUGAUUUCCAGAUUCAAGGUUUUAACAUUCAAGAAGGACAUUUUGCCUAUGCAAAAGAUUGUGCAUCCUUUUUCUCUCCAGCAAUUCUUAUGGGGCUGGUCAUGUCGCUGAUUCUGCUGCUGGUUCUCGCCUAUGCUCUUCAUAUGUUGAUCCACCUGAAAUCUCUUGACAGGCACUACGAAUGCAAAGCUUCUCCUGCCUAUUUUGCACAAAUGAAAGACAGUGACAUGGGGGAUGAGAAAGAGCCACUGAGAAUUAGUGGAAAUGAAUCCUAUGAACUUAGAAGCCAGCAGUUUUGUAAAAUCUAUAUUUAACAGUGUGCAUCUGUCUCAGUGAAGCAGUGAAAGUGGUAUUUAUCUUCUACUGGCCUUGUUCUAUGUAGUUUGUGCAAAUUUUUCACCAGCCAACGAAAGAGAAAACAGGUAAUAGACUGUUUAUCCAACUUAUCCUUUUAUUUAUUGAUAGCCAUCUCAAAGUUUCCUUUGAAAACAGGACAAAAGAUUCCAGUGUGAGUUACAGAUACAAUGUGAUAGGAGUUUAUUCCUGUAGUACAAAACCAAAAUGCAUACCUUUGCAGCCAGCUUAUCAAGUUCUGAAGAGUCACUAAUGGAAUGAUUUUUGAACUUAAAUAAAGAGAAAAAAAAAAUAAUAAUAAAUA